CUGGCACAGAGUGAUUCACAGUAACAUCCUUCUAGAGAACUGAAAGACACAAAGAACAAUCAUCCAUGGCAAACGUGAGAGAGCUGAAUAUGGUUUCCAAAACUCAAAUACUCCUGCUGCUACUGGCUGUCGUGGCUUACUGGCAUACUGGCUAUGGUCUUACCAAUGGUGAAAACAGCAGUACAACCACCACCAGCACAACCACCACCAGCACAACCACCACCAGCACAACCACCACCAGCACAACCACCACCGACACAACCACCACCGACACAUCCACCACCGACACAUCCACCACCGGCACAACCACUGCAAACACAAUCACAGGCACAACCAACGGCACAAACACAGGAACAACUAAAGGCACAACCAACGGCACAAACAACGACACAACCAUCGGCACAAAACCCAGCACAGCCAAUGGCACAAACACAGGCACAACCACCAGCACAACCAACGGCACAAACACAGGCACAACCACCAGCACAGUCAACGGCACAACCACAGGCACAACCACCAGCACAGUCAACGGCACAAACACAGGCACAUCCACCAGCACAGCCAACGGCACAACCACAGGCACAACCACCAGCACAGUCAACGGCACAACCACAGGCACAACCACCAGCACAGUCAACGGCACAACCACAGGCACAUCCACCAGCACAACCAACGGCACAAACACAGGCACAACCACCAGCACAGCCAACGGCACAAACACAGGCACAACCACCAGCACAGUCAACGGCACAAACACCGGCACAACCACCAGCACAGUCAACGGCACAACCACAGGCACAACCACCAGCACAGUCAACGGCACAAACACAGGCACAUCCACCAGCACAGCCAACGGCACAACCACAGGCACAACCACCAGCACAGUCAACGGCACAACCACAGGCACAACCACCAGCACAGUCAACGGCACAACCACAGGCACAUCCACCAGCACAACCAACGGCACAAACACAGGCACAACCACCAGCACAGUCAAUGGAACAACCACCAGCACAGUCAACGGCACAACCACAGGCACAACCACCAGCACAGUCAAUGGAACAACCACAGGCACAACCACCAGCACAGUCAACGGCACAAACACAGGCACAUCCACCAGCACAGCCAACGGCACAACCACAGGCACAACCACCAGCACAGUCAACGGCACAACCACAGGCACAACCACCAGCACAGUCAACGGCACAACCACAGGCACAUCCACCAGCACAACCAACGGCACAAACACAGGCACAACCACCAGCACAGUCAAUGGCACAACCACCAGCACAGUCAACGGCACAACCACAGGCACAACCACCAGCACAGUCAAUGGAACAACCACCAGCACAGUCAACGGCACAACCACAGGCACAUCCACCAGCACAGUCAACGGCACAAACACAGGCACAACCAACGGCACAUUCAACGGCACAGUCAACGGCACAACCACCAGCACAGCCAACGGCACAAGCACAGGCACAACUAACGGCACAAACACAGGCACAACUAAUGGCACAAACACAGGCACAACUAACAGCACAAACACAGGCACAACUAAUGGCACAAACGCAGGCACAACCAAUGGCACAACACCCAGCACUUCUAUUGCAGCAUCUCUUUCACUUAUGGGGAGCAUGGGACUGCCUGGACUUCUAAUCUACACCGUCACCUGCACUGCGGUUCUUAAACUCUUCCACCAGUCCUGAUCAUCAACACCAGGAGUUGACAAACUACAUAUCUUUGUCAAACAUCAAAAACCUAGAUGUUUCACAGAUAAGUACUGCGCUGAUAAAAACUUGCACACAAUAAAAAUCUAGAAACGCAUAUAUGAUUGUAUAAA